GUUUUACCCGAGAAUACGGAAUUUAUUUAGUUCAUCUCUUUUUCUCUUCUUUUUUAUUUAUUUUUAUUUUUUUUAUCAAUGUCAAAAGCACGUGUUCCCUAUUAUUCUUCUGAUAUAGCAACUUCACCGACAAAAGGUAUUCUACAAAAGUCCCAUGAUGAUUGUGAAACGCAUCAAUUGCCUGUACCAAAGUUUAAAUUAAGAUGGGAUGAAAAUAAAUUAAAAAUUACCGAAAAGCAAAAAGAUAAAGCAUUCAUGAAAAUUGAUGAACCAAAUACACCGUUUAUUAAAUAUGAUCCUGUUAAGGAUAAGGUAAUCAAUUGGGAAGUUCUCCCUGACAAUUUAAGAGCAACAGCAUGUGAAGAACCAGAAGAAUUUAGUUUGGAUAAUGAAUGUAGUUCAAAUAGUAGGAAAGAAAGUAUUUCAUUUGGUGGCAGUGAAGAACCAGAUGAAUGGAAGCAAAUUGAUGAAAAAGAAAAUAAAGAUAAAGAGGAAAUAGCUCGGAAACGACAUCAAGAAUUUGAGAAAAAGAGGGCUCAACAUUAUUCACAUGUUGGAGAUGUUUUACAUUAUAAUAUUGAUGAUUUGGAAGACGAUUGAGAGCAUAAAGAAAGACUGACUUGUGAUAUCUAUUCUAUUUUAUUAACACUAUCCUAUUGCUGUUCAUAAUGAUAAUAAAACGACCUUGUAUAUAAAAAUACAUUAUUAUAUGAAAAAGUAUAUAUUUAUAUAUAUAUCCUUUUAUACCAUAAA